GGGAUGGGGAAUUUUUUUUCCAAGGCAGAAACAAGUAGAUGCAGAGAUGGGGAUGGGUGGUCAUGGGAAUUGUGGAUUUCAGCCAUGUACGUGUGUGUGUGGACGCCACGAUGGGAGAUUGACGUCGGGGAUGGACAGGCGGGAUGGGAUCUACAUUGCGGGUGUGGGGAAAGGUAG